AUGUACACCAAUGCUCUUGAGAAGCAGCGGCAGCAUUUCCCCCUUCGUUCCGUUUGCGAUGUCUUGCAGAUUGUCGUGGUCCUCUCGCUGGAGUCCUUGCUUCACCUCGUCGUGAAUGCCUGGCUCUCAGCUCGAACCCUCCUGGGCAACCUCCCUCCUUCCUUCAUGACCUGGAACAUGGCUUGCGGAUUGAGAGACGGUGCUCGGGGUGUUGGGGAUGAGCGUUCCGUCCCCACCUCCAACCAGGUUCUGGUUCCGGAGACCCUUCUCAAGAAGCGCAAGUCUCAGGAGAAGGCUCGCGCUGAGCGCAACUCGGCCACCGAGAAGCGCAAGGCUGCCAACAAGGAGAAGCGUGGUGUCAUCUUCAAGCGUGCUGAGAAGUACGUCAAGGAGUACCGCGACGCAGAGCGCGAGAAGGUCCGCCUCUCCCGCGUUGCCCGCGAGAACGACUCCGCCUACGUUCCCGCUGAGGCCAACCUGAUCUUCCUUAUCCGCAUCAAGGGUAUCAACAAGAUCGCCCCCAAGCCCCGCAAGAUCCUCCAGCUUCUUCGUCUCCUCCAGAUCAACAACGGAGUCUUCAUCAAGAUCACCAAGGCCACCACCGAGAUGAUCAAGAUCAUCGAGCCGUGGGUUGCCUACGGUUACCCCAACCUCAAGUCCGUCAAGGAGCUCGUCUACAAGCGCGGUUACGGAAAGGUCAACAAGCAGCGCGUCGCUCUCACCGACAACUCCAUCAUUGAGGAGAACCUCGGCAAGUACGGCAUUGUCUGCAUGGAGGAUCUCAUCCACGAGAUCUACACCGUCGGCCCCAACUUCAAGCAGGCCUCCAACUUCCUCUGGCCCUUCAAGCUCUCCAACCCCACUGGUGGCUUCCGCCCCCGCAAGUUCAAGCACUUCAUCGAGGGUGGUGACCUUGGCAACCGCGAGGAGAAGAUCAACGCCCUCAUCCGCCAGAUGAACUAA